AUGGCAUCAUCGAAGUUGACCGAGCUGGAUGACUACCGCCUCCUGGGCCGGUCGGGCCUGAGGGUGUCGCCCCUGUGCCUCGGCACCAUGACCUUCGGCACCGAUUGGGGAGCUGGGGCCGACUUCGAGGAGAGCAAGAGGAUGUUCGACCACUACGUCGAGCUGGGCGGCAACUUCCUCGACACGGCCAACGUCUACACCAACGGCACCAGCGAGCGGUACGUGGGCGAGCUGGUGGCGCCCAUGCGCAGCCAGAUGGUCGUCGCUACCAAGUACUCAUCCAACGUGGCAGCUGGCGGUCCCACACACAAGAACCCCAACUUCGGGGGCAACCAGCGCAAGGCCCUGGUGGAGAACCUCGACGCCUCGCUCAAGCGCAUGAAGCUCGACUACAUCGACAUUCUCUACGUCCACGUGUGGGACUGCCGCACUCCCGUGGAAGAAACCAUGCGAGCUCUGGACGAUGUGGUGAGGAGCGGGAAGGCACUCUACGUGGCGGUGAGCGACACGCCGGCGUGGGUGGUCUCCAGCGCCAACGCUGUGGCCCAGCUGCGCGGCUGGAGUCCCUACAUCGGGCUGCAGACGCGGUACAAUCUUCUGGACCGGUCGCUCGAGUGGGAGCUGGGGCCCAUGGCCCGGGCGCAUGACAUCGGCAUCAUCCCCUGGGGCGCCCUCGCCGAAGGCUUUCUCACCGGCAAACACACUCGCGACCGCGUGUCGGCGGACAGCAAGCGCGGAGCGUGGGUCGACAAGCACACGAAAGAGGAGCGGAACUGGAGGAUCGUGGACGAGGUGGUGGCGGUGGCCAAGGAGGUGGACCGCUCGGCGGCGCAGGUGGCCCUCAACUGGCUGGCCCAGAAGCCCGGCGUGACGAGCCCGCUCGUGGGUGCGCGCACGCUCGACCAGCUCAAGGACAACAUCGCUGCGCUCGAGUUCACCCUCUCGCCCGACCACAUGCAACGCCUCGACCAGGUGAGCGCCAGGCCGCCCGCUGAGCAGCCCUUCCCCGCGUCGUUCAUCGCCGCGCGCGACUACACGGUGGGCCUCACGAAGGUGGCCACGCGCUACAACUGA